GGAGGCGGCGAGGCGAUGCGCCGCCGCCGCCGCCGCCAUCCCGGCGCAGCCCGCGGCGUGCCCUGCCUGCCGGUAGCCCGCGGCCGCCCCUAGCCGCGCUGCAGGCGGAAGGGCAGGGGCGGUGGCUUCUCCUUCCCGGCGCCCCGCAUGAGGAGAGGCGUUAAAUAGCGCCAGCGCCGCGGCGGCCGCCACCACUGCCCGCUCAGUGGCGGCGGGGCCGCCUGGCCGGCGGCGGCGGAAACAUGGCGAGUGACUCUCCGGCGCGGAGCCUGGACGAGAUCGACCUCUCGGCACUGCGGGAUCCUGCAGGAAUCUUUGAACUGGUGGAGCUUGUUGGCAAUGGUACCUACGGGCAGGUAUAUAAGGGUCGUCAUGUUAAAACAGGCCAGCUUGCUGCUAUUAAGGUUAUGGACGUCACCGGGGAUGAAGAGGAAGAGAUCAAACAAGAAAUUAACAUGCUGAAGAAGUAUUCUCACCACCGAAAUAUUGCUACUUAUUAUGGUGCUUUUAUUAAGAAGAACCCACCAGGAAUGGAUGAUCAGCUCUGGCUGGUGAUGGAGUUCUGCGGUGCAGGCUCUGUCACUGACCUCAUCAAGAACACGAAGGGGAACACCUUGAAGGAGGAGUGGAUUGCGUACAUCUGCAGAGAGAUCUUACGGGGCUUGAGUCAUCUACACCAGCACAAAGUAAUUCAUCGAGACAUCAAGGGACAGAAUGUGUUGCUGACAGAAAAUGCAGAAGUUAAACUAGUGGAUUUUGGUGUCAGUGCUCAGCUGGACAGAACAGUGGGCAGGAGAAACACCUUCAUUGGAACGCCUUACUGGAUGGCCCCUGAGGUCAUUGCCUGCGAUGAAAAUCCUGAUGCCACUUACGACUUCAAGAGUGACUUGUGGUCUUUGGGGAUAACAGCCAUUGAAAUGGCGGAAGGCGCUCCCCCUCUCUGUGACAUGCAUCCCAUGAGAGCUCUCUUCCUCAUCCCUCGCAACCCGGCCCCGAGGUUGAAAUCAAAAAAGUGGUCUAAAAAGUUUCAGUCCUUCAUUGAGAGCUGCCUAGUGAAGAAUCAUAGCCAGAGACCAACCACAGAGCAGCUGAUGAAGCACCCUUUCAUCCGAGACCAGCCCAAUGAAAGGCAGGUCCGCAUCCAGCUCAAGGACCACAUUGACAGGACUAAGAAGAAGCGAGGCGAGAAAGGUGAUAAUUUGCACAUGGAACAUUUAAGCUUUGAUUCUUUAAAAUAUGAGACAGAGUACGAGUACAGUGGAAGUGAGGAGGAGGAGGAGGAAAAUGACUCUGGAGAGCCCAGCUCCAUCCUAAACCUGCCUGGGGAGUCGACACUGAGACGGGAUUUCUUGAGGCUACAGCUGGCUAACAAGGAGCGGUCAGAGGCGCUGCGUCGGCAGCAGCUGGAACAGCAGCAGCGAGAGAAUGAGGAGCACAAGCGGCAGUUGCUGGCCGAGCGGCAGAAGCGGAUUGAGGAGCAGAAGGAGCAGAGGCGAAGGCUGGAGGAGCAGCAGAGGCGGGAGAAGGAGUUGCGGAAGCAGCAGGAGCGGGAGCAGCGGCGACACUAUGAGGAGCAGAUACGGCGAGAGGAGGAACGGCGACGUGCAGAGCAUGAGCAGGAGUACAUCAGGCGACAGUUAGAGGAGGAGCAGAGACAGUUAGAGAUCCUGCAGCAGCAGUUGUUGCAGGAGCAAGCACUACUUCUGGAGUAUAAGCGCAAACAGCUGGAGGAGCAGCGGCAAGCAGAGAGGCUGCAGAGGCAGCUCCAGCAGGAGCGAGACUAUCUGGUCUCCCUGCAGCAGCAGCAGCAGCAGCAGCGGCAGGACCAGAGGCCAGCAGAGAAGAAACCUCUCUACCAUUAUAAAGAAGGGAUAAAUGCCAGCGAGAAGCCAGCGUGGGCCAAGGAGGUGGAGGAACGCUCCCGGCUCAAUCGCCAGAGCUCACCGGCCAUGCCCCAUAAGGUGGCCAACAGGAUUUCUGACCCCAACCUGCCUCCUCGGUCGGAGUCUUUCAGCAUUAGUGGUGUGCAGCCAGCCCGGACCCCACCCCUGCUUCGACCUGUGGACCCACAGAUUCCACAUCUGGUCACUGUGAAAUCCCAAGGAAGCUCCUUGUCUGGGUCUCAGUCACUGCAUGAACAGCCUGCAAAGGGACUGGCUGGGUUUCAGGAGGCUUUGACGGUGACCUCUCACCGCACUGAGAUGCCAAGGCAGAACUCGGACCCCACCUCAGAAAACCCUCCUCUGCCCCCUCGCAUUGAAAAGUUUGACCGAAGUUCUUGGUUACGGCAGGAGGAAGACAUUCCACCAAAGGUGCCUCAACGAACCACUUCCAUAUCCCCUGCUCUGGCGAGGAAGAACUCCCCAGGCAAUGGCAGUGCCCUGGGGCCCCGACUGGGCUCCCAGCCUAUUCGAGCAAGCAACCCAGACCUGAGGAGGACGGAGCCCAUCGUGGAGAGCCCACUGCAGAGGACCAGCAGCGGCAGCUCCUCCAGCUCCAGCACUCCCAGCUCCCAGCCCAGCUCCCAGGGUGGAUCCCAGCCUGGCUCCCAGGCUGGCUCGAGUGAGCGCAACAGAGUCAGAGGGAACACCAAGCCUGAAGGGUCCCCUGUGCUCUCCCACGAGCCUGCUAAGGUCAAGCAGGAAGACAACAGAGAUGUGACACGACCAAGCCGACCUGCUAGCUAUAAGAAAGCUAUAGAUGAGGAUCUGACGGCCUUAGCCAAAGAGUUGAGGGAGCUGCGCAUCGAAGAAACCAAUCGCCCCCUGAAGAAGGUGACGGACUACUCCUCCUCCAGUGAGGAGUCAGAAAGCAGCGAGGAGGAGGAGGAGGAUGGGGAAAACGAGACGCAUGAUGGGACUGUGCCUGUCAGUGAUAUUCCACGGCUUAUCCCAACGGGAAUUUCUGGCAGCAAUGAGCCGUACAACCUGGGAAUGGUGACAUCCCAUGGGAUAGAGACUUCCCACGCAGAUACGUUUAGCAAUAUUUCAAGGGAAGGGACUUUAAUGGUGAGGGAGACCUCUGGUGAAAAAAAGCGUUCUGGCCAUGCAGCCAGCAAUGGCUUUGCAGGUCACAUCAAUCUCCCUGACCUGGUGCAGCAAAGCCACUCGCCUGCGGGCACGCCGACUGAGGCCCUGGGGCGAGUCUCCACGCAUGCGCAGGACAUGGACUCGGUGCCUGAAUAUGGUAUGGGAAGUAGCACCAAAGCCUCUUUCACCCCCUUUGUGGACACCAGAGUAUACCAGACCUCACCUACUGAUGAAGAUGAAGAUGAGGACGAAGAGUCAUCUGCUACUGCCCUGUUCACCAGCGAGCUGCUAAGACAGGAGCAGGCCAAGCUGAACGAAGCUCGAAAGAUCUCAGUGGUGAAUGUCAACCCCACCAACAUCCGUCCCCACAGCGACACCCCGGAGAUCAGGAAAUACAAGAAGCGCUUCAACUCAGAAAUACUCUGUGCUGCUUUAUGGGGUGUGAAUCUGCUGGUGGGCACAGAAAAUGGCCUGAUGCUGCUGGAUCGAAGUGGGCAAGGGAAGGUCUACAACCUCAUCAACAGACGGCGAUUUCAACAAAUGGACGUACUUGAGGGCCUUAAUGUCCUCGUGACAAUAUCAGGAAAGAAGAACAAGCUGCGUGUGUACUAUCUCUCCUGGCUGAGAAACAGGAUUUUACACAACGACCCUGAAGUGGAGAAGAAGCAGGGCUGGAUCACGGUUGGGGACCUGGAGGGAUGCAUCCAUUACAAAGUUGUGAAAUAUGAAAGAAUCAAAUUCUUGGUGAUUGCCUUAAAGAAUGCUGUAGAGAUCUAUGCUUGGGCUCCCAAACCAUAUCACAAGUUCAUGGCAUUUAAGUCUUUUGCAGAUCUCCAGCACAAGCCGUUGCUCGUGGAUCUCACUGUAGAAGAGGGUCAAAGACUGAAGGUUAUCUUUGGAUCCCACACUGGUUUCCAUGUGAUUGAUGUAGAUUCUGGGAACUCUUAUGAUAUCUAUAUACCAUCUCAUAUUCAGGGCAAUAUUACUCCUCAUGCCAUUGUCAUCCUGCCUAAAACAGACGGGAUGGAGAUGCUUGUGUGCUAUGAGGAUGAAGGCGUAUAUGUGAACACCUAUGGACGGAUAACUAAAGAUGUGGUGCUCCAGUGGGGAGAAAUGCCUACUUCCGUGGCCUACAUUCAUUCCAAUCAAAUAAUGGGCUGGGGAGAGAAAGCUAUUGAAAUCCGGUCAGUGGAGACAGGACAUUUGGAUGGAGUAUUUAUGCACAAGCGAGCUCAAAGGUUAAAGUUUCUAUGUGAAAGAAAUGAUAAGGUAUUUUUUGCAUCAGUGCGAUCUGGAGGAAGCAGCCAAGUGUUUUUCAUGACCCUCAACAGAAACUCCAUGAUGAACUGGUAACAGAGGAGCACUUGGCAGUCACCGCCAUGGCAUUAUUUCUAAUUUAAAGGACAUAAAACACGUGGACUAACACUGUAGAGGCAGAUGCGGAGGGCGCCAAGGAACAUCGCUCCCCACGCUCGCCCAGCGCCAUCAGCCCUGGGGCAAGGGCUGCUGGCAGGGAUGGACUUUCGCGCUUGGACCCCCCCAAGGUCUCCUGAUUACGCUGUGUUAUAGUGGGUUAUGAGUUCUCCCUUAUUUUAUUUCAAUUUUUUUUAUUUUACUUUUUCUUUGUCCCCUACUUUGUAAGAACGGGGAAAGAAACAGUGUCCAAAAGUCUGUUUUUAAUUCUGUCUGCCUGCUAGCAUCAAAUAUAUAGUAUGUUGUAAAGUUACCAAUUAAAUCUGGUGAGAGACAGCACAAUAAAUGUACCUUUUAUCUUUGUGAUGAAGGCCAUAACCAUAUAGCUGGGUAAUUUUAGAAAUCUUUUGCCUUCACCAACAUUUACAUGUUGCUUUUGGCAGCAACGGCUUAAUGGAUUUUUAAAGACGAGAAAAAAUAAUAGGUUUUUUUCCCCUCUUUUGGGAAAUGGAUUUUAAAUGGCUAAACUACUAGCCUUAGACUAAUAAAAAUCAGCUACCAUUUUUGUCAAGUUUGUCAAUCCAUAUUUCUAUAUGGAUAUUCACAUAAUGGUGUGUCUUGAUAGGGACAGAGGUGCCAUUUGUUGUUGCUCCAGCGGUGCCCAUCUGCCCUGGGGCUCAGCCGCAGGUGCCAGGAUGGGGGGAUCGGAGGAGAGGACAAGUGGAGCGGUUGGAGGAGCCCCGCGCUUGCCCCCCAGUUGCGAUUUGCAGCCACAGACAGCUCCCAGGUUGCUGCGGGAGCUGGACCCUGAUGCCGCAGCUGGUGAGAGCUGUGGGCGCUUGUCCCCUCCUGAUCCCAGAGCUGGGUGCUGGUGUGCAGAGGCAGCCAGUGUGGGGAUGGGGACCACACCACGAGCUGCCUGUCCCCCGUGUUGCUGGAUUGGGCUUGUAAAGAGCUUAAAAAUAUAUAUAUAUGUGUGGUUUCUUCGGACGAGGGUCUGAAUCUACUCGUUUUCCACCCCCUCCGCUCCCUAGGAAUUACCCAACAUACAGUGAAAGACAACAUCUGUGCCGAACCGUGUGUGUGUGUGUGUUUAGUUCAGGUUGAAUCGUGUCCUUAUAAACUCUGCUCAGUUGAUUUCCAUUUUCGGUGCGUAUCUGGGGUUUUCUUUCUCAGUAGCUGCAAGCAUGGCCGCCUGUGGUGUUGGGGUGUCGCAUAACAAGGUCUGUGUUGCUGGUUUUAACCUACCUCGUUUCGGUUGGGGUUUGUUUUUUGGUUUGGUUUCUUUUAUCUUUUUUUCCGUUCCGCUGUCGAUCACAGCGCUGUUACCUCCAGCGACAUAUAGAGAGCUUAACUGGCAAUCUUGGUGUACUCAGUAACGAUGGCUUUAUUAAAAAAUGAUUAAAUCAA